GAUUUUAUAUCAAUCACACCGAAUGACUCAACCUUCGGACUUUCAUAACAAGGUACUUAAAGGGAAGCAGAUUCGGUUUUGUCUUCUCUCUCUAGCGACCUAAUGUCAUCCACACUAGAAAGCCUCCUCGCUUCCCCUACUGCAUUAGUCUCAACCAGCAUCCUCUCCUUCAUCCUCGCACGUGCAAUAAUCUCACGCGUCAGGAAAAAUGGCCCAAUCCCCUAUGCACCAAAGGUGAUAAAAUACAACAGCUACGCAUAUUCAAUCUUCUCACUCUUCCUGUGCAUGAGUGUCACAGCUUCAACAUGGGACGAAAUAUUACGCUCAUCAGAUCCUUCAAUCACGGCCCUGAUCUGUUCAUCUUCCUCAUCAGAGUUUGACAGAAAGCUGAGAUACUUUUACCAUGCGUCGAAGAUAUAUGAGUAUGUGGAUAUCUUCAACGUCCUUGCUGCGGGAGGGGUGGUUAAUGCACAUUUUGCGAUUCAUCAUUUCACUACAAUGUACCUCACCUAUGCACGUGUCCUACUCUACCCAGCAGGAUGGAAGAUCUUCGCCGGACUCAACACGAUGCACCACGCAUUUAUGUAUGCCUACUUUGGCGGAGCAGCUAUUUUCUCGGAUAUGCUUCCUUGGACGGGGACUUUGCAGUUGGUGGCCGGGAUGCUGGGGGAGUUGUAUGUUAUCAGGGAUGUGUGGAGUGGAGGGAGAGAGUGUGGGAACAUGGCGUCGUUGUGGGCCAAUUGGUUGGCGCUGGGGCUGCUAUCGACGUAUUUGGUGCUGUUUACUGGGGAUUUGAGGGCGAGGGGGGAGAAUGGGAAGGAGUAGAUCUGAUGCAGCUUUAUACGUUAUUUGGACACGCUAUGGGAGGGGUCGAUCGAGGAACUUGCUUAUUCAUGUACAGGAAUUGAUGGGGAGAACAUUAUUGCGAGAAUUCUAAACAAAAUGUAACAUUUCCCUGCCCGAAAUCAAAAUUUUAACACAUCAUUCAGAGCCACCUCACCAAAUAAGACCCU